AGCACUAGAGAAGAAACUCUAUAAUGUUGUAUCAAAAGGGGAUGUAGCAACAUUUUCACAACUUCUCCAACAAGAUCCGUAUCUUGUUCAAACACUUCAAUUUCCAUGUUCAAGAAAUAUUCUCCACAUAGCAACAAUGCAUGGACAAACAUCCAUUGUUGAAGAAGUGCUCAACCUUAAUCCGAGGCUAGCGCGGAUCUCCGACUCCCAAAAAUCAUCUCCUCUCCACAUCGCAGCUGAAGAAGGGCACUUCAAGAUUGCCUCGAAAUUGCUAUCAGUAGCCCCACAGAUGUGCUGGUGGCGCGACGACCAAGGCAUGAAUCCGAUUCAUCUUGCAGCCAUGAACGGGCAUGUCGAGAUUGUGCAACAUCUCCUUGAAGAGAGCUCUUUGCCCGCGAUGGAGACACUGGAACGCGGACAGACUGUGCUGCACUUGUGUGUGAAGCAUGGGCAGCUUAGGGUUUUGAAGGUUUUGGUGGAGAAGUUGGGAGAGCUUGUGUAUGCAAAGGAUGAUGAUGGGGAGACAUUAUUGCAUCUGGCUGUUAGGUGCAAUCAACUUGAGACUAUACGAUACUUGGUGGACGACAAAACGAAAAGUGUCGAGAAUCAAACACGAAACUCGAUGGGCAAAACAGCCCUCCAAAUCUUGGUGGAGAGUCCUCCGAGCAGCACUACCGACAGCAGCUACUCAGAGAUGAAAAACCUGUUAACAAAUCUGAAGAAUGAGUCAAUCUUUCAUUUCCAAGUCCUCCCGAAGAUGACCGACAUCACCAUGGUUGUGGUGGUCCUGAUCGCCACCAUGGCCUUCCAGGGCGGGCUCAGCCCCCCGGGAGGCGUGUGGCUGGACGACACGCCAUCCCACAAGGCAGGCGAGGCCGUGCUGGCAACCACCCACCCCGCGAAGUACAGGCACAUGUCGAACGCCAACACCACGGCCUUCGUGUCCUCCAUCAUCACCAUCUUCCUCGUCACCACGGGGCUCCCGGCCACGCACUUCCUGUUCAUGGCGUCGGCCAUGUACGCGAUGUGGGUGGCCAUGACGGCUAUCACGGUCAGCUACGGGGUGGCGCUGUCGGUGAUCACACCCGAGGAGAGGGGAUACCUGGUGGUCGUGGCGGUGGCGGCGGUGGUGGCGAACGUGUUUGGAGUGCUGGUGGUGUAUGCUGUUGUGAGGAAGUUGCAUCUGUCGUGGAAGAGGAAGAAGAGGCAGCGCCAAGAUCUCACCGCUGAUGGGUUCAUACGACGUGUUUUUUAUUGGAUUUUUCAGCAUUUGGAGACGCGGGGCUUUUUGAGAGCCGAUCGUUGAUUUCAGAUAUAUAUGAACUAGUGUGAUCAUAUGUUUUAUUCAAAUUCUUUUGUAUGAAUGUGUAAAUAUACUGAAGUAAAAUAUGAG